UACACCCAAUAACACACAUAUACUCUCCAAUCUUUCUUUCGGUCAUUCAAUUCACUUCCUCUUACAAAAAUCCCUUUUCAACACUCCUCUCCAUUAUUCCAUCUUCUACCAAUAAUAAAACCACCAAUCCAUCCACAAUAUUUACAUAUUAUUAUUAUGAUGAAAAAAGACUGGAUUACGGCGGCGUUAUCAAACGACGUCGUAGUGGCUGAGCUUCUCAUACGUAUCAAACACCAACAAACAUCCACAUCUACAAAGUUGUUGCCUUUUUUCACAUGGGGUUAUCGUAAAUCACGCUCAAAACCACAGCUUUCGUCUUCCGCCGUCGACGCCGCCGGUGUUGGUUGUUUCAAGAAAGAGCAACAAAGUGGUAGUCCGACAACGCCGUUGUGUUGGAGCAGUGGCGGCGGAUUCGGCGGCACUUCCACUAGUGAUUGUUGUGAUGAAUCUAGUCGUCCUUCAGAUCUUUCUUCCGGUGCAUAUAGAUCCAACAAGAGUGGUGCUUUGGGGAAUGAAGGUGCAACAACAUCUAGCUACAACAAGUCAAGAAAAAGAAAGUCAUAUGCUGAACUUAAAGAGGAAGAAGAUUUUCUCUUGAAAGAAAGGCUACACUUAAAUAAAGAGUUGGAUUCUAUGCGUGUGACAAUGUGUAACCAAAUUGCCACAAGUCGAAAUUUGAAGAAAUACAAGAUUGAUUUGCAUCAAAACUCUUCUAAAGAAGCAGAGAAGAUGGUCAAGACGAUUAUCCAUCAAGCUCAAACAUCUUGUGCGAUGGAACGCGAAAUCAAGACCCCAGAAAGAGGUUUUGUUUUGCCUGAUCUGAAUAUGACACCAAGUGAGGAAGAAGUAUGAGUAGAGAUAACUCGUUUAUGUAAAUUGCUAUAAAGAUAAACUUCUUAACAUUCGAACCAAGGUAACUGCAAAAUGGUCAUAAUUUUGAAGGUGGAUUUUUCAAGUUGCUAAUUGCAAGUGAUCGUUUUUUUUUUUUGGUAAAGCUGUAUAUUGUUACCGUUUUCUUUUUAAUCUUUUAGUACGAAAAGUGCGUAGCCGAAGGUUGCAUUGAGUAAAAUAUGUUAGAGAGUUUUGACAAUAUGUUCUGCAGUUACAAGUUGUAGUUAAUAUAUUAUUUCAACAUUUCAUCCGUGUAAGGGCUAAAUCCAAUUUAUUGAAGUUAGAUUUUGUUUGGUGAGAUGGAGUUAUUUAGAAA